GAGUCUCGCGUAGCAAUACAGCUUACUAACUUAUACCGGCGACAACAUAGGGAAAUCCCCAAUGGCGAUUUAGCAGGAGGACAGUUAUGUAGAGCUACUUCCUUUUUUUUUGGCUUCAGACUCUUUUCAAUCGAUGUGGAUAUAGGCCACACUAUCUUGCAACUAUUCACUUCCAACUUGAGGCUUUAGUCUACGCCUGUCAUGAAUGUUCAUGAGGUCAUUUUGAAGUAAGCAGCGAAGUGAUCGGCUGACUGCAUGCACUGGUCUACCACUGGAGUUCAACAGAAGAGACUAGUUGGAUCCAUCUGAUUCACCAUGUCUAAUGGACCAGAAAAUGGACCUGGUCAAGGACAGGGCCAGGGAUCACCUAUAGUACCCUUGGAAGAGGCUAUAUCCAAUGUUGAUCUGUUAAGUGACCUACCGACCCCUGACCCUCAACCUAUGAUCGAAGCUAAGACAAUAGCUCUGACCUACCAUGCAAACUUUGAUACCAAUUUUAGUGAUAGGACUGCUUUUAUUACUGGUAUUGCCAAGUUCAUGGAAGAAGCAACAGUGCAUUCAGAAAUGAACAACAUUCUGAAAGAAGGGGAGGAACAUGCAGUUAUGUUGUAUACAUGGAGGAGUUGUGCCAGAGCCGUACCUUCGAUCAAAUCCAAUCUCCAGGAGAACAGAAGAGAGAUCAAAGAGACAUUCAUUGAAAUCAUGAAACCAGAGAUUGCAAAGCUUAUUGCCUUCAUGCAUUUUCAGGAAAGGGCAAUUAAUGAAUUCUGUGAAGACUUCAAGAGAUUGUGUCACAUUGAGAGAAGGAAUGACUUUGUAUCUGAGUCUUACCUUCUAACCCUUGGUAGACUUAUGAACAUGUUUGCUGUACUUGAUGCGUUGAAAGAUAGCAAAGCCAGUAUUAGGAAUGACAACUCAGCAUACAAUAGGGAUGCUAACUUCUUGAGGUCAGCUAUUGACAUUGCUGCAGUCCAGGAGUCCCAGAAGAUGACAAUGUUCCUAGCCACUAAUCAAUCCAUUACAAACACUCUCAAAGCAACACUAGUCAAGAUUGAAGGAUAUGAAGACAUGAUUGCUGAUGUUGUUAAUCUUUGUGUAAAGCUCUUUGAUAAUGAUCAGUUUGUGUUACCAGCUGAGAAACAUCUCCUUGUCAAGGUGAUAGGAAUAGGUCUAUUCCUGAUGGAUAAUGAGACCAACAGUAUCUACAGUCAGAAGAACAAACUCAAUCUUUCAAGGAUUGACAAGAUCUUUAAGAAACUGGAAGUGGUUCCGCUGUAUGGAGAUCUUCAGAUCUCUGUCCUGUCUUACAUCAAGAAAUGUGGCAAUUAUGAAACCCAUCAGUCCUUCUGGAAGAGUGAAAACAUCACAGCUACUGGUUCACAGUUCAACAUUCUCAGACAGCAGACUAGUCUAAGGGAUGAGCAUACCAAAUACCUUGCACAGCUUGUCAAGUACAACAAGACACAUCCAAAAUGGAAGAUUAGUGAGGCACAGAAUAAUGACAAGCCCAAAAUGAGAAGUGAUGCUGAAAACAAAGUGAUCUAUGACCUUGCUCUGGAAGGAUUAAGAUUGCUCUCUAAACUCACUGCACUAGUUACUGAAAUGUUCUCCUGGAAGCUUCUUCAUCCUAGCACAAGCCAUAAACCUGAGGUAGAGAAAGCAGAGGAAUAUGAGAAGGCAACACGAUUCAACUACAACCAGAAAGAGAAAUUUGCUCUGAUAGAGAUCAUUGCUAUGAUCAAGAGUCUUCAAGCGUUCAUGAGUAAGAUGGAACCAUUCUUUCAAGAUGCUAUUCAUCGGCAUAUCUACAGUGAGAUACAAGACUUUGUUCAACUGGUCCUGAGAGAACCAAUGAGGGCAGCAGUCAAGAGAACAAAGAAAAAGAAAGGCACUCUUAUCUUAAGUAUAAUCCGAGGAGUAAGAGAGAGUUGUUGUGAUUGGCUAGAAGGUCAGCAGCCAUCAGAUGAUCCAAUCUUGAAGGGCGACAAGGAUCCAAAGAGUGGCUAUACUCCAAAGAAGGUUCCUAGGAAAUCAAUUGGACCAUCUACAACACAGCUAUACAUGGUACGAACCAUGCUGGAGUGUUUAACAGCUGAUAAGGGUGGUUCUGGCAAGAAGACUUUGAGAAAAGAGCUCCAGGAUCUUGUACCAAUAGAACCAUUUGAGAAGUUCCUUGAAGCUUCAUUCUUCUAUCUUCAUAUGAUCAAUCUACCAGAUACAAUACGUAGAUGUGGUGAUCUGUCUCAGCUUUGGUACAGGGAAUUCUACUUAGAGAUGACCAUGGGAAAACACAUUCAGUUUCCCAUUGAGAUGUCUAUUCCAUGGAUCUUAACUGAUGAGAUCUUAACUGCCAAAGAACCUGCACUCAUGGAAUAUGUGUUUUUCCCUCUAGAUCUGUACAAUGACAGUGCACAGUAUGCUGUAGCAAUAUUCAAGAAACAGUACCUAUACGAUGAGAUAGAGGCUGAGGUCAAUCUGUGUUUUGAUCAGUUGGUAUACAAGUUAGCUGAGAUGAUCUUUGCUUACUACAAAGAACUGGCUGGAAGUAUGCUACUAGAUAGAAGAUUCAGGAAGGAGUGUAAGAAGUAUGGUAUUGAUAUUCCAUGUCAGCAGGCUAACAAGUAUGACAGUAUCUUGAGACAGAAACAUGUACAGAUCCUUGGUAGAUCAGUGGAUAUGAGUAGAUUACUCUCCCAGAGAAUCAUCCAAUCAAUCCUUAAGAGUCUUAAAUUGGCAAUCUCAAGAUUCGAAGGUCAUGGCAUCAAUGAAGGUCUCAUUGAGCUUGAUUGUCUAAUCCAGAUCAACCAGUUAGCUCAUAUGAUGAUGAGUAAACACCUGAUGUUACCAUCAUUUCAAUCACUAGUAGACGAAGCUGAUAGUAAUGUAGGAGGACCAUGUGGGACUAUGGCUCUUAAUCUAGCCUUGGAUCUUAGCAGUGAGAUCUUACCUAAAUACUGCUUCAAUGGAACUACUCAGAGGUUUGUUCGUACCAAGCUCAUGUUUGUUGAAGAGACAAGCAAGGAUAAACCAGCCAAUGCACAGCCUGCCUAUUACUUUGGAAGCAAGACCUUGAAUGCAGUAUAUCAGCAGAUAGCUGGUCUUUAUCAAGGUUUCAUGGGAAUGGAACACAUCCGCAUCAUGGUUCGUCUCCUUGGUUACCAACAGCUUCAUGUCGUUGUAGAAGAACUACUCAAGAUUGUCAAAGGCACAAUCCAAACAUUAUGUCUACCUUACGUCAAAGUGCUCCUUCAAGAAGCUAUGCCUGCCAAGUGUAAGAUGCCAAAGACAGAAUAUGGAACUCAAGGUCUAGUAGUAUACUACUAUACACACGUCCAGGAUGUCGUCCAGUAUUCAGAUCUGAAGACCCAUACCCUUGGUGCUUUCCAGUCAGUAGGCAAUGCUGUCAUCUUCUUUCAUCUACUAGAUCAGGUCCUUAAUGUAGAGGAAGCCUUUAGUUUGUUCCAGGCGUCGCCUUUCAUGAACAUCUUACCCAAGCCUUACUGUGCAAAGGGUGAGAAGCUAGAAACCAAGAUCAAACAGAUGGAACAGAACUAUGCACCCCUUCACAUAUGUCCUCUCAUGCAGAAACUUGGUACAAAAGAGCAACUGCGCAAUGCCCAAGAGAAUGAUCUUCUACUGAGAGAGCGAGGUGCCUGUGGAACUAUCAUCUUCAAGGAGAUCUUGAAUCGUAUUAGGACAUUCCUUGAUGAUCCAGUAUGGAGAGGUCAAACUGAACCAGAGAAUGGUGUCAUGCAUGUUGAUGAGAGUAAUCUUGAAUUCCAUCGUCUAUGGAGUGCUAUCAUGAUAGUCAUCUGUAUGCCACUCAAUACCAAUAACACCAGUGUAGAAGAAGGUUAUGGAGAUGGUCUGAACUGGGCUGGUUGUACUAUCAUGACACUCCUCAAUCAAGCAAGGAAGUUUCAACUGUUAGACUUUGCUUCUCAUAUUCAGAGAGUUAAUGAGGUCGAUGGCAAGCUAGCUGACAUCAAUGGAAUAUGUGUGAAGAGGUAUGUUGACCGCAUCGGCAAAUACCAGACCCUCAACCAACAGAUAUUUGAGGUUCUUAACAAGGCUCUUGAAAUGGGUGAAUCUGAAACAUCUACAUCAAAUGUCACAUUCUAUCAACCUCCUCUCCAUGAAUCACAAGUCAAGAAUAUGUAAAGAACAAACAGUAUUCUGUAAAAACAUUGGCUACAAUGAGCUAAGCUCAGUUACCUAACAUCAACCUCUUGUCCAGGAUUUACAAAGACAGUAAAUAAUAUGUUUUGAAUAAUCUUCAGAUUGAAUAUUGGAUUCAGAUCUUGUUCACGGCAAUCACCUAAGACCGACAUUCUCUUCAGGAAUCUAAAGUCACCAAUAUGAAAACAGGUUUCAUUAUAUAUUUAAUCAAAAGAUCUCAGUGUAGGAUAAAAUUAUUCUUUUUGUAGAAAGAGGUCAAUUAGCGAAAUAGAAUAUGGAAGUUGGUAUAUCUGUAAAAUUCUUCUUCUCUGCAUCCAAACCAGUGAAUGAAUAAAACUUCAUUCAAAGUCACAUUUAAAAAACUGCUUUUAGAGGUGGUGUGUGGAGUUUUGUGUGUGCUUGGCAACCCUUUUCAAAUCUUUAUUCCAUCAAAAUGUAUUGUCUGUUUGAAAUAAAUUUUUGUUAUGGGUUUGGGUAUAACUACUCGCUGUUUAUUCCACUAAAUGUCAGGUUUUGUACUUAGUACUGUUUAUAAUUUAUAUAUUUUGAAUCUAUUAUGCUACAAUUUAUUAUAUUCAUUUUGAGAUUAUUUUUUUUUUGCCAGUUUGAACAUUCCUUCAAUACCAGGCAGAACUAGUCUAAGAUUGUCCGGUAUCAUAUGGGUAUUUGAAUGAAUUAGACAAGUUAUAUGGACUUGGUAUCAUAUAGGCCCUCAUUCAAGCUAUUUUGAUAUCAAGGCCUGAAUCUAUUGCCAAAUAUAAGUCUUCCACUUAGUCUUCUGCAGCUAUCAUAUUUUGCUCAGUUACUGCUGUUAUAUAUCUGAUAUGAUAUUAUUCAAUUUACUAUAUACUAACUACAAUGAUGCCUUGCUUUAAGUGCCUUCCAUAACAAACAUUGCUUCAUGUGUUAUACAGUUUUAUGAUGAAAUAAAUUUCAGACAUGGUUACAUAUUUUUCAUUGGAAAGCUAACAAUUAGUCUAUCCAUAUUUUUUUUUGUGUGUAAUGAUAAAUUUAAUAGAGAGAUAUAUAUUGAAAUAUGGGAAGAAUGUAUGUUACAUCUAGCCUUACUUAGGUAGUUUGAUGAAUUAUUCUUAAAUUAUGAAAGAUUGUAAUUUGAUAUACAGGAUAUAACUACUAGCCAAACAAUGAUCAGAAUCAUUUCAAUGGAGAUUUGUAUUAACUUAGAAUGUAUAUUUUAUAUUGAGAAUGAUGAUUUAUAAACAUGUAAAUUAUGUAUCAACGUCUAUCUCAUAUACUAGUAUAUCUCUUGAAUUCUGUUUACCAAGUUUAGGAAAAAUAUUAGAAUGUCAAAGACUUUUUUAUCAUACUUAUUUCUUUACAAUGUUGCCAGCCUUCCAUAUUCAUAUUAUUUUGCAAAGAAGAUCAAGAAAUGUAUUUUAGUUAAAGCACAACAAAUUGAACAAAGCCUUGUAAUUUUUGCUGCAUGUAUGAAUAGUUUGAGAUCACGCCAUCUUACUAUUUCACCAUGUCACAAUUCAACAUGUCAAAUCAUUCUUUAUACACCCCCUUCUUCAUAUUUUGUGUAUCACUCAUUGAACAUACACUGUAGUAAACCCAAAAUAUGGACAAUUCAUCGCAGGUUAAAGGCAGAUAGUACAACCCUAGUUAAAUCCGCAAGACUUGUUAUCUGCACCCCCUCCAUUUUCAAAUUUGUUAUUUGUGCCCCUCUCCUUUCUAAAUUUUUGAUCCGCCACUGUACAUAGGCUAUAUACAGAUAUGAAUAUUAUAUAAAUUGCUAUAUGAAUUGAAAUAUGAUUAUUCAAUGCCAUUAAUGAAAAAUGUAGCUUUUCAUUCAAAGUAUUAUUAAUGAUUAACUUGCUUACGUAGUGCCUAAGAUGUACCUUAUCAGGAGUGUUGUGGAUCAAUGUAACAUACUUGAAAUCAAUGAAAAUCCAUAUUUUAUUCAAAAAAUAGAAAUCUGAGAUUAGAAAUAUUCAGAAAAUUCAUUUUUACCAAUUGAUCGUGGGACCGGCAGCCUCUGUGCAGUGCCAGAUCGAUGAGGCUCUAUCCCUAAAAUAUUGAACGCCAAACAGUGUAGCAGCAACUCCCAUCUUUUUACGUCUUUUGGUCUGACGUGUCCGGGAUUUGAACUCAUGACUUCCAAAUUGUGAGACGGACACUCUACCAACUGAGCCAACACAUCAGUUGGUGCAGAGCAAUGUUUUCCCAGCUUUUGCAGAGAACCCUCCUUUGAUAGAAGGGUAUUCAAGAAGUAAGCCCUGAUAAUCAGAGUCCACUGUACCAGGGUGUAGCAUAGUUAAUAUAUGCAAUGUAUUUCAAGGAAAAUUUCCUGGGUUGAGUGCAGCAUCUAUGGAUAUAUUUCCUGCUGUAGGAAAUCAAUGGCCUUAGGCAGGAUUGGAACUGGUGACUCUCUGUUUAAAAGACAAACAGAAACUCAUAAUACAGAUAAGUUCUGUGUAUAAUCUUCAACUUUCAUGCUUAAAAUCAACCUAGUGUAAGACAAAAAAGUGUUUUUCACAGGGACAAAUAGACUAUUUAUAAAGAGGAAUCAUGAGCAAAAAAUUGUAACAUUGUAAGAAUGUUACAUGUAUAUUGUUUUGUAGACUGUCAGACAGAUUUCACGUUAUAAUAAUAUAUACUAUAUAAUGACAAAGAUUUAAUUAAUCUUGAAGAAAUGGUAUCAAUAGAAAUCAUAAAGUUUAAUAUCUUAUAUAUUGGUGGCUAUUUUUAUGGUUGUUAUUUGUUGUAAUUAGAAUUAUGAUUACUUUUGUUAAAAAAGUAGUUUGGAAAAAAUGAAUUAAUGAAUAGAAUAGGAUUGUGCAUUAUUAUAUAAUUUGCAGUACUAUAUAAUUGAUUAUGUUUAGAAUGAAUGUAGGUAUAUAAAGCAUUCAUUUUUUUUUAUACUUAUUAUUGUGUUGCUAAUAUUUACGCAAAUUUACUGUAAUCAGUGUUUCAAGAGCUUGAAAAUCAAUUCCCUGAAACUGAAUCCCAAGUUUUCAGAAAUUCAGUGGCACAUUUAACUCUUAAUGACGUACACGCAUUCAGUUUGCAUUUUGCACAACACUACGAAUUUCCCUUUGUCACAUAGUUUAGUGCACAGAACAAUGCACACACUUGAGCAUUCUAGAAUUCCGAUCUUUGACAACCACUUAAUGGGAGAAUUAUUGUACCUUCCUUAUAAGAUUUACAAGUAGAAAAAAAUCAAUUCACCUAUCAUUAAAAAAAGAGAAAAAUUGAUAAAAUGCUCCUUACACACAAUACCACGGUCAGGUUUAUUGUUUAAUAGUUAAUGACUCAUGACCCCCAUUUGAAUGAGAUGCUUUUAUCAGAGCUUCUUUGACCAGGCAAAGAUUUACUCUCUUUUAUUUUCCACUAUAGUAUGGACUGUUUUUGUCAGAUUAUCAUGAUUUUGGUAUCAAUAGAAAGUUUGAUCAAUGAACUUAUCAGUUGAAUUCAAACAAAGUCAAGCAACUUACACAAGAACCAAAAUAAAAAGGUCUGAAAUUUUUUGAGAAAUAUAAGAUGGAAGAGCUUCUGAUAAUAAAUUUAUCAUGCUUUAUUUCCUAUAGUAAUCCAAUAAAUUCAUAAAUGUCAAGCCCAUAAACACUCUACAAGUUACUACACAUUUCUUUUCAAAGUGUUUAUGUGAAAAAAAGUUAAAGCCCACUAAAGAACAGAGAGUUUUAUGCUACGUAGAAGGGUUCACUGUGAGCUGCUACAAUAAUGCAAUACACAGGGCAUUCACUGGUCAACGCAACUAGGCCUGAAGUAGGCCAAGUGACAAGAAAUAAUAGAAUUUAAGACUAAUUUAAGAAUCUCAGACAAAUAAUUCUAUAAAUAUCAUUAUAAGUGAAUUUCUAACAUUCAAGUAUUAAGUACAGAAAUUCCCUUGAAGUUUUUUUUUAUUUCCCAUGAAUCACCAGAAGAUGUUCUGGAUGUCUCGCAAUGUAGGAAAUUUCUUUUGAAGUGGAAACACUGACUGUAAUCCAUAAGAGGUGAUAUGUAAAUAUAAGUGUUAUACUUGUGUUCUACUUAACUGUUCUACUUAUGGCAACUGAUGGUAUUUUAAUGUAUUGUU